GAAACUACUUGUCAAGGCAAACUGUAAAUAGAAAAAUCGCAAUUCCGGGAUUUUACACUUCAAAGAAAUUAGCUUAUCUUUUAGGACAAAAAAACUUACUUUAGUGGCGAAGAAGGUUUGAUUUUUAAAACUACGUUUGUCAUGAAAUACUGGUAAAGUGGAAGGCAAUAUGAGGUACUGUGCGGCUUUAGUCUUCCUUGUUUGUCUUGCGAAGACAGAGCCAUUUAACCACAUGUAAUGAAAACAUAUUUUUGUGAGACUACCCGUUUUGCCUCAGUAACCGAAUGCAGAAAUGAUAAAGGGCAAUUCAGAACUUCGUUUCAAAUUAAAAUGACUUGAACAGGCGGCGUUUUCACGGGAACCAAGUUCAUGAUUUUAAGCUCUAGCGCCGGAAACAAACUGAAAACGAUACAUGAAAAUUUAAUCAAAUUUGUCCCGAAUUAUUGUUAUUUUUGAACUGCAAUUUAAAGUGGAUGGCCUUUUCAGUACAGGAUCUUUAAGCCGUUCAAUGUCUGAAUAUUUAAAUGUUCAGUAUUUGAUCAGGGUUUCAUUUGGCCGAGUACGAGAGGUAAAGGGAACGGCACGCGACAAACCGCCUGUGUCAAAUGUAUUCAGCGUCUAUUCACAAAAGCGAGCUGCCUCGCAACGUUUUUCCCUCCAAAGGCCAUGCGAGUGACAAGCUGUCUCUAUUCUUCUUUAUUGCAUCAUAGCAACUUUACACAACAAAUCCGCUCUCGUAAAAGCUCCAAUUGAUAUGCAAAUCCCGCCCAAGUCGCAAGGACCUCAGGUACUUGAAUGAGUUGUUUUGUUUUCUUUCAUAAUAACAGCAUUAUCGGUCUCCCAGGAGGGAAAGCACCGCUCUACCAUUGGACCGUUUAUCACAACUGUGGUUAUCGAAAUACUUGUGCCUCGUGCCAUUAGAAGAGCAAAUUAACAUCAGUGUUUCCAGUUCACUUCAUUAACGACAAGCCGCCAACAUUGCCUCAUAGCGAUGGAGUACACUGCGGAUCUCAAAAUACUCCGUGCUUUGUUGUUUUGGACUGUCUUGCUCCCUCAUAUCUUCGUUUGUUCAACUAGCUUAGCAGAGGACUGUAUCUGGAGAGGAAGCGGUCUCCCCCGUCAGGAAAAGCCCUCUGUUGUGAGUAUAGAAACAAAGUGUCACCUGGGAGAGCUUCACUGGGCUGAACCAUUUGGCGGCCUGCGAGUCACGUUCAGCCCACGUGAUGUGCACGCCGAUUAUAAACUGUGCUUUACUGCCCGACAUCCUGGCGUCAGGAUUUACCAGGAACAUCUACAGAGCUUGACAUUGCUGACAGGAGCGACUGAAAAUGUGUCAAGAAAUGCAGUUUGUGUAAAGAGCAAAGCAGGGCAGAGUCUGGUGCUGUACUUGGAAACGCAGGAAGACCAAAAAAUGACCCAAUUAAAUUACACGGUGCUUGUAAAUGGAAGAAAGAGGCCAAGAAAUGAAAGACGAAAAGGUAAGAGAAAUAAGGUGAAACGAUCUAAGAAGUCUUAUUUUAUCAAUUCCCUUUCCUCUCUUCUAGUUGUCCGUGGAUACAUCAAGACACUCUUCCCUGUCGGAGAUGGCCAAAGUGAACAAGCUAAUGUCAUAGCCACGGAAGUUAUCCGACAAGAGAACUAUAUUUUCGUAAAAAGCAGUGAAACGGAUAAUGAAUACACCGCUUCUAUCAAUGUUCCAAGCGGCUGCCACUGGAAAGAAACGGAAGAUCGGCUUUACUUACUGACGGGAAAUCUUAAAAGUGGAAGAGGUCCGGUGCUGCAGUGUCAUAUUAAAGAGACGGCUUGGUUGAAAGUUCUGAAGGAAGACAUUUUGCAUCUUUGCAGUGUGGUCCAGUUUUAAACAGCGUUGAAGAUUCACUUAGAGUCUUAGCUGCUGUCCACAGUACAAACAGUGUACGACUGACCUUUUUCCUUGGAGGGAACCUAUUCUACGGGAGUUGAUCACGAAUAAACCUGCAGUUUUGUUGCUUAGUAACACAAAAUACGUGGAAACGAGAUGCUCAAAUGACAACAGGACCACUAAAUAUCGGAAAGUCGUCAGGUUGUCUUUCGGCGAAGAACUCUGAAAAAAAAAAACACUCGCUCCGAGUAGGUCUAGCCUUUAAACCAAAAUUAUAUAGCCAAAGAUCCACGCGAAACGCACCUGAUUUUUUUUCGCUAAAGCAAAACAGUGUUGAUGGGUCUCUUAGUAAGUACAAAGGAUACACUUGCAUUGCGACAUUUUAGCUGAAGUGAAAUUUCAAAAAUAUUUCAAUGCAGAAAACAACAACGACAACUAAAAAGCUCGAGCUGAGUUGAAUGCAAAUACUUCCAGUGCGCAAAUAUACAAAAACGUAAAAGCUUGCGAGAAGUCUUCUUCCAGCUGCUAUAGAUAUGAAAUGUUUCAAUUGUUAACGAUUUAUUCAACGAGUAUAGAACGUUACCAGACGAACCCAAAAAAAUUGGGGAAUAGAUCGAGAAUGAAAUGAGGGAUCAUUACAGGGAAAGGAGACAAUACAACAAAGUACUCGAGGUUGCCUUCCCUUUACAAUUGACAAUUUCAGGAAAGCCGACCGACAUGAUAUAUUCUAACUGGCUGCAAAAACCCAAAAAACUCAUCCCCAUUUGAUUUUAAAAGCCUUAAUUCCAAAGGCAUUUUGUCUAAAUGGAUAUAUAACGCCCUCUUGUUUUAAAUGUAACAGGACAUAAAAGUAGCAUGAAAUUUAAGAAUGUCUAUAAAUCGAACGAUCUAAUUAAUUUAAAGGUAAAAAGUAUACGUUAUUUAUAGAUGUAAAUAUUGUACAAAAGCCAAGUCAGACUUGAAAUGUAAUGAAACUAGGUCCUCUUAUGGAAGCAUAUGUAUGGAAAAUUAAUAUACUCAAUACGUGUUUGAUUAAAAUCAGACUUCUAUGCGAAA